CUGAUAAGAGACCACUGUUGUUGAUAGUUUGCGUUUGAAUCUCAUCCAAUACCGUCGCACACAUAUUUGUUCCGAUCACGUUUCUUUUUUUUCCCUCUUGAUAUCAAAAAGAAUUCUUUUUUAUAUUAUCAACAAACAGCUUUUCAAUUCAUAACGUGCUCGGUUUUCAGCGUGUACGCACUCGAAAGAAAAGGUUCUUGUGCUGGAAUUUAUUGCUGAAGAUUAUCGGAAUUAAAAAUUAUAAAAAAGUGAAAUUCCUACAAGUGAAUUAUUUAAAAAAAUUAAAUAAAACAUGAAAGUUUAAAAAAUUCAUUCAGAAAACAUUAAAAAACUUCAAUCAAAAAUCCUGGAAUUCAUUGAGAAAAUUAAAACCUUUGAAAUAACGAAGGAAGUUCCAAUAGAAAUGACGACAUUUUCUUCGAAAAGUCAUCAGCAAUCACACGGAACAAUGGAUCACAAUUCAUCGCAUAUCAAGCGACCCAUGAAUGCUUUCAUGGUGUGGAGUAGAGGACAACGAAGAAAAAUGGCAGUGGAAAAUCCUAAAAUGCACAAUUCAGAGAUAAGUAAGAGAUUAGGAGCAGAAUGGAAGCUUCUCACUGAAAUGCAGAAGCGACCAUUCAUCGAUGAAGCCAAGAGGUUGAGAGCACUUCAUAUGAAAGAACAUCCCGACUACAAAUAUCGGCCAAGAAGAAAACCAAAAACUUUGGUGAAGUCUCCUUCGAAUGGUGGACAGUCGAAUGGUCAGCACAAUGGAUCAUCAAAUACAUCACUUCAUGUAAAUAGCAAUAAUAAUAAUAAUGAUUCAAGGAGCUCAAAUAACAACAAUCACCAUCACCAUCAUCAUCACCCCAGUCAUCAUUCAAUGAAAUCGACCUCGCCAAUUAUCAACAAUCAUCUUCACCACUCGCAUCAUGCGACAGGAAAAUAUCCAUUUGCCACUACGAUAGAAUUGCCGCUUUCGUUUCCUUCAUCACAACAUUCUCAACAGCCAACAUUUCCUGCUGGCAUACAUUAUCCGCUUGUGGAUCCAACUUUAGCUUUAGAUUUGCAGGCAAGGUUACAAGCCAUGUAUGCUGGUGUUUAUUAUCCAUGGAGAUUUGGAUGCAGUCCUUUGAUAACUUCUUCAUCUUCACCCCCACAAACUAACAUCUACUUAUCGUCACCAAAAAUCUCACCAACCACAACAACAAAUUCGCCACCCUUAGAGCCUGACACUCAAGCGUCUAUCAUUUGACCAACACCUUUAAGAUUCAACAGCUCGAACUCGAUUGAUCAGUAAGAAGUUUUUUUAAAAGUAGAACUUAGCUAAGAUAUAUUUCGUGUAGUCAGAGAUCAAAGAAAUCUUUUAAUUGAAUUAAGAAAUUCUAGGAUUAAAUUUUAAUGGAAAUGAAGCAAUUGAAGUUGAUUAUGAAUAUCAAAGCCGUCGAAUUUCAGCAUUUAAAAUGUGCAAUUUUUUAUAAUUUGUGCUGUUAUAAGUACGGUAUCUAAAAACUCACGAAGUUUCUUAAUAGUUCAUAAUUUAAUUAAAUGGAAUUGAUGACUAAGUUCUCAAAAAUAUUGUUAAACAUGAUUCUUCUGGGAAAAUCAAUUCUAAAUAAAAAUUUGAAUUUAAUUCUUUGUAUUUUUAUGACUAAUCAACAAUUUUUUAUUUAAAGAAAAUCAUAACUGAGUAAGGCAAACUUUUUGAUUGAAUAUUUCAC